AAUCAUAAUUGUUUAAAUUUUAUAUAAUAGUAUUUAUAUAGAAUUAUAACAUUAUUUAAUACAGAAUAUAUUUAAAAAAAAGUAAAUAAAUGAAAAAUAUUAUAUUUGUAGAGGGCGUUUUCAUAACAUGUGAUUUGUAAACGGAAGCGAAAAGAUGGAAAUCAAGGAGAGAGAUCAUCUCCUGGCUCUUAAAGUGAUGCGGUUAACACGCCCUUCACUUUUUUCCACAUUAUUUUUGACAUGUGACACAAAAGAUAUACCAUAUGAAGCAUUCCAAAAAGAACUCUUAAAUGACAUAGGAGCUCCAACAAAUUUGAGCAUGUAUAACACAGGAAAUCUGUUGAUGUUGCCUCAAAGUUUUGGGAAUAUUUAUCUCGGAGAAAUAUUUUCUUGUUACAUGAGCGUUCAUAAUGACAGUAAUAUGCCUGUUUGUGAUGUUUCGGUAAAAGUAAGUAGUGCAAUACAUAAAAAAUUUUUUAAAUUUAGAAAUUAUAAAUUAAUUUCAAUUCAGUAUCAAACUUUAUGGAUUUUUAUAUCAAAACUUGAUAGAAAUGUUCAUAUAUUGUACAUUUUCUAUUUCAGGAAUAUUUAUCUCGGAGAAAUAUUUUCUUGUUACAUGAGCGUUCAUAAUGACAGUAAUAUGCCUGUUUGUGAUGUUUCGGUAAAAUCAGAUGAAGUUUACUUAGAAGCUCAACUACAGAAUAUAACAUCAAAUCCCAUUUGUCUUGAAAGAGUGUCUUUAGAACCUUCCUCUUAUUUUACAGCUAUGCAGUUAAAUUUUAUUGGUGAUAAAGAUGGAUCCCAUUCUGUCUUUGGAGAUAUUAACUGUCUCAAUCCUCUGGACAGUAGGCAGUAUCUCUUUUGUCUGUCUCCGAAAUCCGACGUUCGAACUAACGGAAAGUUUAUGAAAGGUAUCACAAGCAUUGGUAAAUUAGAUAUCAUAUGGAGAUCGAGCAUGGGAGAAAGAGGAAGGUUGCAGACGUCUCAAUUAGAAAGAAUGGCUCCAGGAUAUGGUGACAUAAGACUGACAGUUGUAGAAUUGCCAAGUAUAGUGACAUUAGAAAGUACCUUUGAAAUCGUUUGUAGGAUAACAAAUUCUUGCGAAAGAACAAUGGAUUUGAUUCUUAAUCUGGAUACCCACUGCUCGAAUGGUAUUUUGUGGCAAGGAGUAACUGGAAGACAGCUUGGAAAAUUCGAGCCGUAUUCUUCAUUGGAUCUCAAAUUGAAUGCUGUUGCCAUUCGUUUGGGACUGAUGGUUAUAUCCGGAAUUCGUUUGAUAGAUUCAUUUUUAAAAAGAACUUAUGACUAUGAUGAAGUUGCACAAAUUUUUGUUUGUCCAAAAGAAACUGAUUAUCAAUAAAUUAAUUUGUAUAUACUAAAGUUUGUUAAUAAUAAAAACAAUUCAAGUUGCCUUUCCUUUUUUGUAAACAUUCAUAUUUUAGUGUUACUUUUAAAUAUUGAUUGUAUACCCUGUUCCUAUCAAUUAAUUCUAUAAAGAUAUCAUCCAAAUUGCUACAGUGGUAAAAGGGUCUACAAGAGAGAACAAUUUCUUCAAUUAUAUGAGGUGCAAUCAAAAAUUUCCAGAGACUGGGCAUGUAAGAAGAAAACUACUUACUUUAUUCACCUUCUGUAUCCAUCUAUUGACUCUGGCAUUUCUGCAAAGCUUUCAAUACUCUCUGGAAGUCCCCCUCUUUGCAAACAUCAAGCACCAUAUGCAAUUCAUACUGGAUGUCCUCUACUGUGUCCAGUGACAUUCUGCUUCUUUUGAACUGUGAGUACCACUAGAAACACUGCUAACUCAUUGCUUCAUUACCAUAGGCUUCCAUA